AUCUAUCUGCAACAGUAAUUCAUGUCAAGUUUUCAGGGUGUACGUUAAUUUACACGAAUGCUACUUCAUAUUUGGCUACAAUCUUCUUCUUUAUUUUGCUGCCAUCACAGUUCCCUGUCUUCUCGUUCGUGUCAGUGGUAAUGCCUGGGGAAAUGAUACUGGGAUGAAUUUACAGUACGAGCACGAGUCCGGUCCGUGAUUGUUGUAUGAACAGAACCCUGCCCACCGCGCGGUAAAGAAGCUGCAUGCGUGACUGAGAGUAAUAAGGGGACGUUUGUGCACAGUUCGUGUUAAGCAGCGUUUCGCUUUCAACCCGAUUAAUCAUCGCUGUUUUGAAGGACGUACGGUUAUAUCCCCGACUUGACAGAUGAAGAAAUGGCAGCGGAAUCCAACCGGAGAUUUACCAAAAACCUACUGAAACCGGGAAGCGCCGCAGAGAUACGGCAAACCGCAUGUAAUGCCAUAAGGAAUUCAACUAUAACGCAGGAGAAACCAAAACUGAUUGACCCUCUGGACUACGAGGCUGUGAUCUCAGAGCUUGAACCUGAGCUCAGGAAAGACCCACAGCAGGACUUGCUACUAUUUCCAGAGGUUGACUUCACUGUGUCCACUUGUCCCAAAGAAAGGAGAACAGUGAAGUCCACUGUGCCAGAAGGAGCUGAUGAACACGCUGAAUGUCUGCUGGUCAGACAGGCCUGUCAAUACUUCAACUCCCCCUGGCAUGUUGUGCAAUACGAACAUGAAGAGUACGCCGGUGAUUACCGCAUAUUGCCCAGGAAGCCGAAUAAAGCUGAGAAGUUGCCCUCACACUCAUUUGAGAUCGACCAUGAAGAUGUUGACAAGGAUGAGGACACCACGUCUUUGUCAUCGUCUAAAGGCGGAGGAGGUAGUGGGAGUGGAGGGGGAAUUGGUGUCUUUAAGUCUGGCUGGCUGUAUAAAGGGAACUUUAACAGCACCGUCAACAACAGUAUCACUGUUCGGUCCUUCAAGAGGAGAUAUUUUCAAUUAACACAGCUGACUGACAACUCGUAUAUCAUGAACUUCUACAAAGAUGAGAAAAUCUCAAAAGAACCCAAAGGUUGCAUUUUUCUAGAUUCGUGCACAGGGGUGGUUCAGAACAGCCGGCUGCGAAAACACGCCUUUGAGCUGAAAAUGAACGAGGUGACAUAUUUUGUCCUGGCUGCAGAAAACGAACUGGACAUGGAUGACUGGAUCAGCACUCUUACACGCAUCCUACAGAUUAGUUCUCCAGAUGGCCCAGUGCUGGACCGCAAAAGUAUGGACCUGAGCGACAAUAAGCAUGACAUAAUUGAGAUUUCUUUGAAUCUUGUUCCUGCCGUUGAAAGUGAGGAACCAACUGAAAAUGAAAUCAACCCAGAUCUGGCCAAGUAUAUUUCAGAGACUGAAGAGCUGGCGAGAGCUGCCAGAAGAGAGGACCGACUGAACCUGUUCUCCCUGGACCCUGACAUUCCUGUUUUGAGGAGCCCAAAGAUGGAGCAUAUGGAGUCUGCUUCCAACCGGCAGUUUGAGGAGAAACUGGGGAAGAGACUAAUGAUAUCCUGUCACUCGGUCAACCUCACGCUACAGGGCUGCGUAAACGAGGCCAACACUGAGCCAGUCACUAAUAUUGAGCCUUUUUUUGUAACCGUCGCUCUGCUGGACCUUCGUGAGGGCAGGAAGAUUUCUGCUGACUUUCAUGUAGACUUAAACCAUGAGGUUGUGCAGAAAAUGCUCAGCUGGGGUAAUUCAGGAGACCAGGGGCUGGUCGGAGGUAAUGAUGCACUUCAGGAGAAUGGACUCAGAUCAGCUGCAGAGAAAAAAACUGAAGACUGCCAUCUGAACCCAGACCUGGAGAACUGGCUGCGUUUUCCUAAACAGGCAAUUUUUUCCAUUACAAACACGCACACAGACAUUGUGAUGGUAGCACGGCUGGAGAAAGUUCUGAUGGGAAAUAUUACGAGUGGUGCAGAACCUUACAUUAAAAACACAGAUUCUAGCAAGACUGUUCAAAAAAUGUUGAAAUCCAAUAAGCAGUUCUGUAACAAACUUGGAAAGUACCGAAUGCCUUUUGCCUGGUCUGUAAGGUCAGUGUUUAAGGAUAACCAGGGCAUGGUGGACAGGGAAUCUCGCUUUUCCCCUCUCUUCAAACAGGAAAGCAACAAGAUCUCCACAGAAGACCUCGUCAAGCUCAUAACAGACUACAGGAGGGCUGAAAAGACCAGUAAACUCCAAACCAUCCCGGGAAGCCUUGAAAUAAAUGUGGAUUGUGUUCCAAUGGAGUGUCACAAUUGUGUGACGUCAUCGUAUGUUCCUCUGAGGCCGUUUGAGGAAGGCAGUCUACAUGCUCCUACGGUGGAGGUAGAGGAGUUUCUGCAGGACACGCCGAAGUUCGCCCAGCCUUACAGAGUCUACAAGAAUCACAUCUAUGUCUACCCUAAACACCUUAAGUAUGACAGUCAGAAGAGCUUUUCAAAGGCUCGAAACAUUGCCGUUUAUGUGGAGUUCAGAAGCUCUGAUGAUGAACAUACCAAGCCACUAAAGCGCAUCUACGGAAAACCAGGAGGUCCAGUUUUCACCACGACUGCCUGCUCCACAGUUCUGCACCACUCGCAGAACCCAGACUUUUAUGAUGAGGUGAAGAUCGAGCUACCCACACAUCUUCAUGAGAAACACCAUCUGCUCUUCUCCUUCUAUCAUGUGACCUGUGACAUUACUGCCAAAACCAGCUCCAAAAAGAAAGAAGCUCUUGAAACUCCAGUGGGUUACGCCUGGCUUCCUCUUCUGAGGGAUGGACGUCUUUCCUCUCAGGAAUUCAGUAUUUCGGUUUCUUGUACUUUGCCUGGUGGAUAUCUUCUCAUUAAAGAUCCUACAUCCACCAAGAACGGCUCAGAUGUGAAAUGGGUAGAUGGGGGUAAACCGAUCUUCAAAGUGUCCACCAUGGUGCUUUCUACGGUUUACACUCAGGACCCCCAUCUGAAUGGCUUUUUCCAGCAGUGCCAAAAACGAGAGGCAGACCUCUCUCAACCUCCUACCUCAAACUUUCUCAAUUCCCUUAAGGGCCUUCUUAGUAUGGACAGGAUUCAUGUCAUCGUUCGCUUCCUUCCCGUUAUCUUCAACCAACUCUUCAAAGUGAUCACCCACAACGAUACAGACGAGGUGACCACCAUUACAACUAGGGUCCUGGUCCACAUUUUAUCAAAGUGUCACGAGGAGAACCUGCACCACUAUUUGCACUCCUACAUAAAGUUUGUGUUUAAGACUGAAGCGUGUGGCUUCAGAACGGUUCACGAGGAGCUUGCGAAGGGAAUGACCUCUGACCUCAAGAGCAACGAGCAGACAGUCAUCCGAAACAUCCUUAGGUUUUCUUGGUUUUUCUUGGAGAUCAUGGCAAAGUCUAUGGCUCAGCACCUAGUGGACUCAGAGAAGGUGAAGCUCCCCCGACCGCAGCGAUUCCCUGGAGCCUUCCAGAGUCGACUCGAGACCCUGAUCAUGACCAUGUCCGAUCAUAUCUUCUGGAAGAAUAAAGACUUGGCUGAGGAGACACGUAGGGCUAAUAUGGCCAUAGCGGCACUUGUGAAGCGGUGCUUCACAUUUAUGGACCGAGGUUUCACCUUUAAAUUGAUUAGCAACUACGUCAACAUGAUCACAGGCAUUGACAACAAGAUGCUGUGUGAGCUGAAGUUUGAGUUCAUAAGGGAAGUUUGUAACUAUGAGCAUUACAUCCCCCUUAGCCUGCCCAUCCCAUCUGCACGUAUCACAGAUAAGGCAGAAGCAGAAACCAGAAGUUCUCAGGUGGCCAUUCCGGAAUACAGCUUGACGGAAGAGUUUUGCAGAAAGCAUUUUCUCACAGGAUUGUUGUUGAGAGAGCUGGGACUAGCUCUUCAAGAUGAACAAGACCUGAGACAUCUCGCCCUAGCAUGCCUGAAGAACCUCAUGGCCAAACACUCACUAGACUCCCGCUAUGCUAAAAAGGAGAAACAGGCACGGAUAGCAACUCUGUACCUGCCCCUUUAUGGACUCAUCCUUGACAACAUGCCUCGGUUUUUCCUGAGAGUUCUGUUUCCAAUCUGUCUGACCGCUAGUGACCAGGGUUCCAAAGAAGAUCUGUGUGUUGGAGGAGGUUUAGCAGGUCAGAUGUCCCACGUUUUAAACCACGGCAACUUAAUGGAUGCGUCCUUCUCCAAAGAAGUGCUCAACUCCAUUACCGCGUUUUCCUCAUUGGCCGUAUCAACGGCGAACAAUGCAGACUCGAGAGGUUCACUCAUCAGCAUCGAGUCGAACCGUAGUAACAGUGACCAAAACAGUGAGAAGUUGGACGCAUGUGAAAGGUUUGCCAGGCCUCAGUCCCUCAUUGGGUUUGGUGCUCGCUUUGACAAACUGGACCAAGCAGAGACCAGAAGCCUACUUAUAUGUUUUCUGCACAUCAUGAAGACCAUUUCAGAGGAGGUGCUGGUUUCAUACUGGCAUCGGGCGAUUCCUCAGGAAAUCAGUGAUUUCUUUAAGAUUCUGGAACUAUGUCUCCAACACUUUCGGUUUCUUGGAAAGCGUCACAUUGCCAGGAAGUUAGCAGCCGCUGUAAAGCUGGCUCAGGCCACGCAGAACAAUGGCACCCUGAAGGGCACUAACACAUCCUCCCAGUCUUCAGGGCUCCUACCUCAAUGGAUGACGUCCACUCAGGAUGGGCACAGGCAUGCCCGCUCUCAGACCAUGCCCAUCAUCAGGGCUAAGAACGCCCUCACCAACCCUAAACUGCUGCAUUUGAUGGAAGCAGAUGGAAAUCUUCCUGAGGGAGAUAACGUCAGCCCUACAGACAUUGAGGCUAACCUCUCUACUGAAGUAGCCCUAACAAUUCUGGAUGUACUAGGCCUGUUCGUUCAACAUCACAAGAAACAGCUGCAGCAUGAUGAAGGACAAAACGCUUUGAUGAAAAAAGUAUUUGAUACGUACCUGCAAUUCCUCCAGAUCAACCAGUCCACCACCACCCUCAGACACGUCUUCACUGCUCUGCGCCUGCUUAUUCAGAAGUUCCCGUCAGCAUUUUUCCAGGGUACAGCUGAUCUGUGUGGCAGUCUGUGUUAUGAGAUUUUGAAGUGCUGUAACCAUCGGUCCAGCUCCACACAGACGGAGUCAGCUGCGUUACUCUACUUCCUCAUGAGAAGAAACUUAGAAUUUACAAAGGGCAAGUCCAUCGUCCGCUCGCAUCUUCAGGUGAUUAAAGCAGUUAGUCAGCUAAUCGCUGAUGUUGGCAUUGGUGGGUCACGCUUUCAGCAGUCUCUAGCCAUCAUCAACAACUUUGCCAAUGGGGAUGCUCCUCUUAAAAACACAGCAUUCCCCGCUGAGGUAAAAGACCUGACCAAGAGAAUCCGCACUGUGCUAAUGGCCACAUCUCAAAUGAAGGAACAUGAAAAGGACCCAGAAAUGUUGGUGGACCUGCAGUACAGCCUUGCCAACUCCUACGCCAGCACACCUGAACUCAGACGAACCUGGCUAGAGAGCAUGGCCAAAAUUCACGUUAGAAAUGGAGACUUGUCUGAGGCAGCAAUGUGCUACAUCCACAUCUCAGCCCUUAUAGCAGAGUCUCUGAAGAGAAGAGGUUACUGGAAGCCUGAGAAGGGUCGGAUGUCCAGCGUGAGCAAAGAGGAAGCCUGUGUCAUUAACGGUAGCCCCUUACUAACUCCCCAGGACGGAGAAACUUUGUUCAGUAUGGGCUGCGCAGCCUUUAUGAGUAUCUCUCCGAAUGUUAAAGAAGAGGGCGCAAUGAAGGAAGACGCUGGGACUCAGGACACUCCUUACACUGAGGACACACUGGUGGAGCAGUUGGAGAUGUCUGUGGAUUAUCUGUGGAAGUCUGAGAGAUACGAGCUCAUUGCAGAUAUUAAUAAACCCGUGAUAGCCGUCUUUGAGAAGAGACGAGAUUUCAAGCGUUUAUCAGAGCUGUACUACGACAUUCAUCGCUCGUACCUGAAGGUGACGGAGGUGGUGAACUCUGAGAAACGCUUGUUUGGUCGAUACUACCGUGUGGCUUUUUAUGGACAGAGCUUCUUUGAAGAAGAGGAGAACAGGGAGUUUAUCUAUAAGGAGCCGAAACUCACAGGACUGUCAGAGAUUUCUCAAAGGCUCCUCAAACUCUAUUCGGACAAGUUUGGAGCUGAUAAUGUCAAGAUGAUCCAAGAUUCCAACAAGGUUAAUCCCAAAGACCUGGACCCAAGAUUUGCCUACAUCCAGGUGACCUACGUAGUGCCUUAUUUUGACGCUAAAGAACAGCUGGAGAAGAAGACUGACUUUGAGCAGCAUCACAACAUCAAUCGCUUUGUCUUCGAGACGCCCUUCACACUUUCUGGAAAGAAACAUGGAGAUGUGGAGGAACAGUGCAAAAGAAGAACCAUCCUGACCACAAGGUCAAGUUUUCCCUUUCUAAAGAAACGCAUAGAGGUAGUGGAACAGCAGAGUACGGAGAUGAACCCUAUUGAGGUGGCAAUAGAUGAGAUGAGCCGUAAAGUAUCUGAACUCAAUCAGCUAUGUAACAUGGAGGAGGUGGACAUGAUCCGUCUCCAACUGAAACUGCAGGGCAGUGUCAGUGUAAAGGUAAAUGCAGGGCCUAUGGCGUACGCACGAGCCUUCCUCGAGGAGAAAAAUGCCAAGAAAUACCCUGAUAACCAAGUCAAACUGCUUAAAGAGAUCUUCAGGCAGUUUUCAGACGCAUGUGGGCAGGCCCUAAAUGUGAAUGAGCGGCUAAUAAAAGAAGAUCAGCUGGAGUAUCAGAUGGAGAUGAAAGCUCACUAUAAAGACAUGCUUACCGAACUGUCCGCCAUUAUGAAUGAACAGAUUCCACACACCAAACAUCCUGGAGCAGAAAGACACAACGCCCUCUGAGCUGCAAGUGUUUUGGAAACACACAGAUGUACAUUUUGAUCCCAAGAGGCUGCCGAGGACUAUUGCUGGUCACACCUACAGUAUAAACAUACAUAGACGCCACAAUUAAUGCUGAAUUGUAUGCUAUAUUGAGGAGGGCACUUAUAUUUGUCAACCCAUUUCAAUGGUUUACGAUCUACAUCUUAGAAAAUAAUUUAUUGGCAUAAGGAGUUGUAAAAACCGAAAAACUCGUAUUUUUCUUGGUUAAAGGGAUAGUUCUUCGAAGUACAAAAAUACUGUCAUUAAAGGUACAGUUUGUAACAAUUUUGCAGUAAAAUAUCAAAAAACCACUAGGCCAGUGUUAUAUAUUUUGUUCAGCUGAGUACUUAAAAAAUCUCAAACGUUUCCAACUACUUGAGAAAAUCGCCAUUCUAAACAAUGACACGGGCCCGUGCAGUCACCUGUCAAUGGCGUCAUAUCCGCGUUACCCUUUGUUACCGCCUUUACUGACGUAGAAACCGCAUGACAACAGUGUCGUGGACAAAUGCGGAAGUAGUGUCUAGCAUCUAUCAAGCCACUAGCUUGUUUCGAGCGGUCACUUAUUUACGGACCACAAUUAUACGCAACAUUUUUAAAACUUUAUUACUUUACCUCAUCCGCUAACAUUUCUCGUUCCUGUCUGAUCGAUGGCCAUCAGCGGUGGAGUUGAAGUUCACAGCGUCAUCAAGCUACGCCAUUGUUGUUGUUUUGAUCGUGCGCCCUCUAGCUGUGGUUUUUACAAACUGCAGCUUUAAUUACCCUCAUAGCAUCUUUAAAACACAAAGCUCUUGGACUUUAAUAAUAUUGUGAUUUAUUAUUACCCAUAGACAGCAACUGCCACAUUCAGGGUGCCAAAAUGGCAGAAUUUUCAGUCUUUAGUAAACAAUCCCUUUAAUAAUUACAGAGAUGUCCCUAAAUAUGGCAACUCAUUGAUGUAUUGCAGCAACAGUCAAUGCUGGGUCUAUGUAUGCCUGUGGUCACACCUGUAGAGUUUCUAAAUCAUUUUUUGUGGGGGGGGUUUUCGAUGAAAAGUCUGACGAGAGUAAACAAAAAAAUUCUAGACAUUACUUAACUGUAGGGUCCAUUAGAUGAGCCUGUCUAGAUAAGGCUGUCUUUGCUUGUGUAGCACAUCACACUCAUAUACACAGACGGACUCUUGUCUUAAGGAUUAUAUAGCAAGAAUUAAAUUCACACAUGCCUUUAGACCCCACUGUUUUUAAAACCGUGACCUUUUAUUAACUUUAGAUGUGUUCAACUAAGCAAAUCUCUUUUCUAAAUAUUUUAGAGGGCUUUCACUUCAUUGUUUGCUGUUGUAAACAUUUGACUAAUACGACUGUUUUGAGAGUUUAGGACGAUGGCCAGCAUUUUUUAUUUUCAAGUUCCACAUAGUCUGGUUGAACACAUCUCUAGUUUCUGACCGAGUGAAUGUAAAACAGUCCUGACUCUCUGAAAGACCCCGUUCACUCAUUUCACGAACACGUGCUGUUUAGUACAAUUUUAUGAUUGCCAAUGUGUCGCUGUUUUUUAUGCAAACUGUUGAAUACUGUAAAUAAGAAUAAUUAAUAUUUAAAAUUCUUUUUUAUAUUAAAAAUAUUUGAUUGUU